AUGCCACCAUCGAAGAAAAUUGAUUUAUCUCUUUUCUUCGUUCUCUACGCUCGAAUGAUUUAUGUUAACAGUGACAAGUACUUAAUUAAAUUGCUUUUGAUUACAGCUGCCAGCAUGAAUUAUCAGAAUGGGAAAGCCUAUAUCUCAAGGUUGAGAGGAUCAAAUCAUACGUCAAGAACUUAUUUAAUCAUGUCGAAUUAUAAUCCAACAUCUCCGAAUAGUUUUGGUGCUGUACCCUUGAUUAAUCCGCAAACUCAAUUGACAAACUCAAGUUUUAUCAAAUCAGAAAUUGAACGUUUCGAAAGCGUACAUCCGUCGAUCUAUUCCAUAUACGAACUAAUCGAUGAACUAAAAGAUCAUUUCAAAACUCAAGCACAAAUACGUGAACAUGUGAUGGUUAUUGAAGAUUCAUUUGUCAACAGUCAAGAAUGGACAUUGAGUCGAAGUGUUCUUGACAUUCGCAUCGGACUGUUAGGAACAACCACAAGCGGCAAAUCAGCUUUAGUUCACCGAUUUUUAACUGGUACUUAUAUGCAAGAAGAGUCUCCGGAAGGAGGAAGAUUCAAGAAAGAAAUCAGCAUCGAUAAUCAAAGUUAUCUUUUACUCAUACGAGAUGAAGCUACGUCACCAGAUAUUCAAUUUACACAUUGGAUUGAUGCAGUGAUCUUCGUCUUUAGUCUGGAAAAUGAAGAGAGUUUUAAAGCAAUUUAUCAAUACUAUACAAAAAUGAAUCAUUACAGAAAUAUCAGCGAUAUGCCACUAAUUCUCGUCGGUACUCAAGAUGCUAUUAGUGAAAGCAAUCCACGUGUUAUACAUGAGGAUCGAGCAAGAAAAUUAGCUAAUGAACUGAAACGGUGUACAUACUAUGAAACAUGUGCUACAUAUGGUCUCAACGUCGAACGAAUAUUUCAUGAUGUUUGUCAAAAAAUUAUUCAGCAACGUUAUGGACUUUCGACUUCGACGUUAUCACGUUCGAUUACUACACAACAGCAAUCGCCUAUUUCGAAUCAGAUUCGAAUUCUAUCCAGUUCACAUAGUAUUCCAGCGUCAUCUCAUCUGACUGGAAGCGUCAAUUUGACUCAAACAGCGCCAGCAUCCGUUUUCUCAGCUUACCAUUUCGAACAACCACAACAUCCACCACCGAUUCUUUCUCCUCCAACACAGAAUCUCGCCGUCGCUCAAUUAGCUCAAUGUUUCAACAGUCAAUCUAUCAACGGCGUACUUAAAGAUCGAAAUAACCAGCAGCAGAUUCAAAAUGACAAACGAAAUCGAACGUUUAGAGAUCAACAAGCAAUGAAAUUGUCAACACUUUCCGAAACUCACUCGUUGCCUGUUCACGAGGGACAAGUACGACAUGAUAUCAACGAACAAAUAACACCAACGUCAACACCCACUCAGAAAAGAAAGGAAACAAAGAGAAAAUCAAACUUAUUUACACCUGGAAGAAAAGAUGAAGAUAAAAAUAAAUCAGACCGGGUCGGUCAUGGCCGUGCAAUACCAAUCAGACAGGGGUUUUUGUAUAAAAAAGGUACGAACAGUAUUAAUCGUGAUUGGAAAAAGAAAUACGUCGUUCUGCUUGAUGAUGGUCGAAUAAUUUAUCAUCCAUCGUUCCAUGACUAUGAAAAUGAUUCUCAUGGAAAAGAAAUUAUCCUUCAACGAACCACAGUCAAGAUACCAGGCUCAAAUAAACCUCGUGUGGCUUUGCGUAGUUCCAGUAACGACAAUAAGCUAAAUGAUUUAACAUCCACCGAUUCUUUACCAACUACAUCCGGAAAAAUCGAAACACCGAAUGCAAAGAAACGUCAUCGUCGUCUUCAGUCUUCGAAUACACCGAACUCCGCAAACAGUGCAGUAGGUUCAAAGUCAUCAUCGAAUGCCAAUGGCGGCGAGGAUGACGGCGAUGAAAAUGUGUUUACGAUUGUUUCAUUGGAUAAACAAUGGUUUUUCGAAGCCCAGUCCAAUGAAGAACGUGAUGAAUGGGUUCAAGCUAUUGAACAGCAAAUCCUAUUCAGUUUACAAAAUAUUGAAUCAUCAAAAGCAGCACGAGUAGGUAAAACUGGCGCAUCGAAUAUUGCCGAUUCGGCAUCAGUACAAGCCAUCAAACAGAUACCAGGGAAUGGCUUCUGUGCAGAUUGUGAUCAAUUAAACCCAACAUGGGCUUCGCUAAAUCUUGGUGCUCUCAUUUGCAUGGAUUGCGCAUCGUUACAUCGAAAUCUUGGCACACAUUUAUCACGUGUUCGAUCACUUGAACUAGAUGAAUGGCCAUCGGAACUUGUACAAGUAAUGCGUUCGAUCGGAAAUAAAUUAGCUAAUUCAAUUUGGGAAGUAAAUAUCAAAAAUCGUGUUAAACCACAGCGGAAUGCUUCGUCAUCGGAACGCGAACGAUGGAUCCGAGAUAAAUAUGAACAAAAGCUAUUCGUUGCACCAUUACACGUUUUACCCAAUCAAGCGCGACAGGCACUUCUUGACGCAAUCACAAAAGAAGACUUGUACACAGUUAUACUCAUCCUAGCUCAUCGAAAAAUCUCGACUGAAGAUGUCAAUUCAUCAUUAUUACAUUUGGCUGCAUUACAAGGCAAUGUUACUAUUCUUCAACUGCUUCUUUGGUAUGGUGCUGAUCCAUUUGCAGUCGAUAGUAAUGGUCGGACACCUCUUCAAUGUGCCAACGGUGAUUGCAUUCGAGUUCUUCAAACGUUGAUUAACAAUCAAACGGAUUUCCAACAGCAAUUCAAACAACCGACGAAUUCUAUUUCUCAACAAAGUACGCUAUCUCGUCAACGACCACCAGCAUCUUCUCCUGCUCCACCCUACGAUAAACUUCCGUCGACUGUUAUCUAA